AUGGUCAAAGGCGGCCGCAACUCAGCACCUAGGGCUUGUCGCUUGCAGGAGGUCGUGUGCUCUUCCGCAGCAACGAAGAAUUCUAGCAUCACUGGCAACUAUGCCGUGUACUCCGCCACCAAAGGGGCGGUCGAGCAGAUGACGCGCGUGCUUGCCAAGGACAUCGGAGCUAGGGGCAUCACCGUCAAUGCUGUUGUUGUAGACACCGAUAUGGUCCGGCAGGGGAACGACGAGAACGGGUUGAAGUUUCUAGCUCGCCCUCACCCACUUAACCGCCUCCCUAGCCCUGAAGAAACUGCUCCUAUUUUUGCCUUCAUAUCGAGAGAGGAGGCCGGGUGGAUUAAUGGACAAAUCAUUUUUGCGAAUGGCGCCACUGUUGUUUGA